GGGACCGUUGUCACUCGUCACCUUUUUCACUUCACCUUUUUUGGCCUGAGCAAAGCAUAGUACACAGACAAGAAAUGGCAGCAAAUAGUCUCAACCACAUGCCGAGUCUCGUACUAAACAGAGUUGAGUUCUCUCAUCCGAUUAACACCAUCCGGCCACCUCUUCUGCCGCCGCAUUCAAGGCCGGGUGUACGCAAACUUGCCGGUUAUGGACCUCCCUCAUAUUCGACGGCGGUUAGAAAAUCCCGUUCAAAUGAAUGCGCGCCGCUUCGCGUUUCUGAACUGAACCAGACCUCAUUUUCGGGCUCCUUCGAUGUGGUGAUAAUCGGUAGCGGAAUAAUCGGUUUGUCAAUAGCGCGCCAAUUCCUACUCGGGUCGGAUCUCUCCGUCGCUGUGAUUGAUGCUGCCGUGCCUUGCUCCGGCGCUACGGGGGCAGGGCAAGGCUACCUGUGGAAAGUACACAAAUCACCAGAUACUGAUAAAUGGGAACUGGCAGAAAGAAGCCAUCAACUAUGGGUGGACCUUGCCAAGAACAUUGAAUUUGAAGGAACGGAUCCUUCAGAGAUACUUGGAUGGAAGAAGACAGGAAGCUUGUUGGUUGGUAGAACAUCUGAGGAAUCCUCUAUUCUAAGAAGAAAGGUGGAGAAACUGUGUGAUGCUGGUAUGAGGGCAGAAUUCUUGACAAGCAGUGAUUUGCUCUCUGAAGAGCCUGCACUUGUGCUUGAAAAGGAAGGUGGGGCAGCUUAUGCACCUGAUGAUUGUCAGUUUGAUGCUCGGCGUGCAGUGGCAUUUAUUGAGAAGGGGAAUAGGCAAUUUGCCUCAGAAGGCCGAUAUGCAGAGUUCUAUCAUGAGCCUGCUACUUCCUUGUUAAGAUCAGGCAAUCAUAGAGAAGUUGAAGCAGUUCAGACAUCCAAGAACAUUUUGCAUAGUAAGAAGGCUGUUAUACUUGCAGCUGGUUGUUGGAGUGGUUCUUUGAUGCAUGAACUUAUUAAGCAUCAUGAUAUUGAAUUGGAUCUCCCUAUCAAGCCUCGGAAGGGCCACCUACUUGUGAUUGAUAACUUUAAGCCCUUUAAGCUGAAUCAUGGUCUUAUGGAGGCCGGAUAUGUCAACCAUGAAUCCCUGAAAUCUGCACCUAAUUCAGCAUCUGCUCAUACAGUACAAACUACAUCUGUCUCAAUGACAGCAACCAUGAACAUGUCUGGUGGUCUCAUUCUUGGUAGCAGCCGUCAACUAGUUGGCUUCAAUAAUGAGGUGGAUGAAUCCAUCAUCAAAAGAAUAUGGGAGCAGGCUGGAGAGUUCUUUCCAAUGCUGAGAAAAGAAUCUCUAGAAGAGUUGCGUCAAAACAGUGAAGUGAGAGUGGGACUAAGACCUUACUGUACUGAUGGGAAGCCGGUCAUCGGCCCUGUACCUGGAUUGUCAAACCUCUUUGUGGCGGCUGGCCAUGAAGGAGAAGGACUCUCACUGGCCCCAGGAACUGCUGAAAUGAUAGUUGAUAUGGUCAUGGGGAGUCCUGGGAAAGUAGAUCCAGCUCCAUUUGCUGUGCGAGGUCGGUUUUGCUGAUCAUCCCAUUUACAUGCUGGGCUGUUAUCAUAUGGAAGGUGGUAGAUAUUCGGUUGAUUUGGGUAACCUCCAACGCAAUCGAAGAAACGAGAUUGGGAGGAAGAAAUCCCGCAAAGGUAAAGAACUUGCCGGGUCUUCAUCUCAAAGCCGAGAUGAUUUUGAAACGGGUUACCAAAGGCGAGAUGGAGAUGCGAUGUCCGAAGAACAACUCCAACAAGAAUUGGCCCGACAUAAUAACCGCUUUCUACAACAACAACAAAUGCCGACGACCAUUGACGAAGAGGAGCUUGAGGAUGAAGAUGCGGAGGAAUUGGAACCGGAGACGGCCGAGGAGGAGGGUGCCGGCAGCCACGACGCCGACGCGCCUGCCUCAUCCCAAACCGCCACCGGUAAUAAAAAAAGUAAGUCUGAAUUAAUGCAAAAUAAUUUUGAUAAAUGGAAGGACCCACAAACUGGCUAUUGGCACGCAACUUGCAAGUGGUGCAACAACAAUUAUAGUUUGGGAACCUCCGGCGGAUACGGAUCCGCCGCAAGGCAUCUUAAGUCAAAGCACCCCGUGGAGUACGCAAAAUUAGGCGGCGGAACGGGGAAGCAAACUCAAAUAUCGAGGUUUGCGAAUUCUCAACCUUUUGGUAAUUUCGCCUACAAUGAUGCACAAAAUUUGACUGGUAUGGCUAACUUAAUUUGUGAAGAAAAUUUGCCUUAUUUGUUUUCUGAAAGUCUUGCUUUAAGAGAUUAUGCACAAGGUAGUUUAAAUUCUCAAUUUAGAAAUUAUAGUCGCAAAACUGUUAAGAAAGAAAUAAUAAGGCUUUAUAAUGCGGAAAAGGAAAGGUUACAAAAUUUUUUUGCAAACUUUGAUGGGCGUGUUACUAUUUGUUCUGACAUAUGGGAGGAUGAUUUUCAUCAUUUAUAUUAUUUGGGUCUGACUGCACAUUAUAUUGAUGAGGAUUGGAAUAUGCAUAAACGUGUUCUUGCUUUUCGUGAAUUUAAUGAUCGUCACACCGCUGAACAUAUUUAUAUUUUGAUUGAGCGUAUUUUAAUUGAGUAUAAUUUGAUUGAUAAGGUGUUUGCUAUUGGUUUCGAUAAUGCUACUAAUAAUACUGCUGCUAUACCUAGAUUGCGUGAGUUGUGUGGUGCCAAUUCUUUGAUGGGUAGAUUUUUUCAUCAACGCUGUGCAUGUCAUGUUAUAAAUUUAUGUGUGCAAGACGGUUUAAAAGCGUUAGGAGAUUCCAUGGAGGUAAUAAAGGGGGGGGGUUAGACGUAUUUGGGGUAAUGGUCAACUUAGAUUAAAAUGGCAAAGUUAUUUGACUGAAAGAGGUGUGAGAUAUGUUGCUUUUCCUAAAGAUUUGAGUAUUCGUUGGAAUAGUACUUAUAAAUUACUUAAAGUUGUUCUUAGAUAUAAAGAACAUUUUCCUGCUUUUUUAAAAGAACAUGAUAACUAUAUUAUAAACGCGGCUGAACAAAGCGCAUUGAAUGAGAUUACUUUGUAUUUAACAUAUGAAGUUGAUUUUGAAGAAAAUGAUGACUUUGACGUUCUAGACUGGUGGAAGUCAAAAGAAAGAACGUUCCCGAUUUUAGCACGGAUGGCUAAGCAAGUACUAUCAAUGCCGGUUUCAACAGUUGCGGUGGAACAAGAAUUUAGUUCGGCCGGCAACGUCCUAACGGCAUCUAGAUCGAGAUUGAGCGCGGAGUCUCUUGAGACGCUUAUAUGCUACCACGAUUGGUUGAAGGCCGCAUGUAGAACUCAAGAAUUGAGCAUCACCCCCUCCCAAGAUUUUAUGGAUGACUCAACAACCGAUGGUGGCUCUACCUAUGCCGGAGAUUCCGAUUGAUUAGUAUUUUAGAAUUUAGUACAAAAUGUAUUUUAUAGCACUUGUCAAAUUUAU